AUGCCUCUGGCUCAGCUGGCGGAUCCCUGGCAGAAGAUGCCUCUAGAGGGGACGACGGGAGAGGAUGUUCAUCACGAUCCCGAGGACUCAGCAGGUGAUGACGACUCGAUGCCCGCCUGCACCGAUGACGUUCCUAUCAAGGAGAUCAGCAUCACUCAUCACGUGAAGGAGGGAUCAGAGAAGGCCGACCCGCGGCAGUUCGAGCUCCGCAAAGUCCUCGGACAGGGCUCCUUCGGCAAGGUGUUUCUGGUGAGGAAGGUCACGGGGCCAGACGCCGGUCAGCUGUACGCCAUGAAGGUCCUGAAGAAAGCCACACUGAAAGUGCGUGACCGGGUAAGGACAAAGAUGGAGAGAGACAUCCUGGUGGAGGUCAACCAUCCCUUCAUCGUCAAGCUGCACUACGCGUUCCAGACGGAGGGGAAGCUCUACCUGAUCCUGGACUUCCUCAGAGGAGGAGAUCUGUUCACUCGUCUCUCCAAGGAGGUGAUGUUCACAGAGGAGGACGUGAAGUUUUACCUGGCAGAGCUCGCGUUGGCCCUCGAUCACCUUCACAGCCUCGGAAUCAUUUACAGAGACCUGAAGCCAGAGAACAUCCUGCUGGAUGAGGAGGGACACAUCAAGCUGACCGACUUUGGCCUCAGUAAGGAGUCGAUCGACCACGAGAACAAGGCCUACUCCUUCUGUGGGACGGUGGAGUACAUGGCUCCGGAGGUGGUGAACCGACGAGGACACACGCACAGCGCCGACUGGUGGUCGUACGGCGUGCUCAUGUUCGAGAUGCUGACGGGAACGCUGCCGUUUCAGGGCAAAGACCGGAAAGAGACGAUGACCAUGAUCCUGAAGGCCAAGUUGGGAAUGCCACAGUUUCUGAGUUCAGAAGCUCAGAGUCUCCUCAGGAACCUUUUCAAACGCAACCCCGGCAACAGAUUAGGAGCCGGACCGGACGGCGUGGAGGAGAUCAAGAGGCAUCACUUCUUCAGCACCAUCGACUGGAACAAACUCUUCCGCAGAGAGCUUCCUCCUCCCUUCAAACCGGCUGCAGGACGACCUGACGACACUUUCUAUUUUGAUCCAGAGUUCACAGCUAAAACACCCAGAGACUCUCCUGGGGUUCCUCCCAGUGCCAACGCCCAUCAGCUGUUCAGAGGAUUCAGUUUUGUGGCCAUAACAGAAGAGGACGAGACACCGAUACCCAGCACUAUUGUUCAGCAGCUCCACAGAAGCACCUCCCAGUUCUCGGACGCCUAUGAGAUCAAAGAGGACAUCGGCGUCGGGUCGUACUCCAUCUGCAAGCGUGCCGUGCACAAAGGGACGGGCAUGGAGUACGCAGUCAAGAUCAUCAGCAAGUCGAAGAAAGACCCGACGGAGGAGGUGGAGAUCCUGCUGAGAUACGGACAGCAUCCAAACAUCAUCACUCUGAAGGACGUUUACGACGACGGCCGCUCGGUGUUCCUGGUGACGGAGCUGAUGAAGGGAGGAGAGCUGCUCGACAAAAUCCUGCGGCAGAAGUUUUUCUCGGAGCGAGAAGCGAGCGCCGUCCUCUACACCAUCACCAAGACGCUGGAGUACCUGCACGUCCAGGGGGUGGUGCACAGAGACCUGAAGCCCAGUAACAUCCUCUACGUGGACGAGAGCGGGAACGCCGAGUCCAUCCGGAUCUGUGACUUUGGUUUCGCCAAACAGCUGAGAGCGGAGAACGGUCUGCUCAUGACGCCGUGCUACACCGCCAACUUUGUGGCACCAGAGGUGUUGAAGAAGCAGGGUUACGACGCGGCCUGUGACAUCUGGAGUCUGGGAGUCCUGCUCUACACCAUGCUGACCGGUUUCACUCCGUUCGCUAACGGACCGGAGGACACGCCGGAGGAGAUCCUGGCUCGUAUCGGCAGCGGGAAGUUCUCUCUCACCGGAGGAUACUGGAACUCUGUGUCUGUGCAGGCCAAGGACCUGGUGUCCAAGAUGCUCCACGUGGACCCCCACCGGCGGCUGACGGCGGGUCAGGUCCUCCGACACCCCUGGGUGACGCAACGAGACCAGCUGCCCAAAUACACCCUCAACAGGCAGGACGCGCCGCACCUGGUCAAGGGAGCGAUGGCCGCCACCUACUCCGCCCUCAACAGGAACGUCCCCCCCGUCCUGGAGCCGGUGGGCUGCUCCACUCUGGCCCAGCGGAGGGGUCUGAAGAAGAUCACCUCCACCGCUCUGUGACCUUUGACCUCCAAAACCCCCCCUUCAACUCUGACCUCCACCUCAGACAGACUACUGAUGGAACCGCUAACGCCAAAUAGGAACACAGAGACCGCCUCGCUCCGCCAUCCAAACCCCCCCACCUCCCCCGCCUGCACCUCAACGGGCUCUUCUGAUUGGCUCACCUCCCAGCAUCACUGAUCCACAGCCGGACUGAGCUUUUAUUUUUAAAACCCGUUUCCUGUCUUUGCUUCGGGACAAUCAGCGCUCGGCCUCGUCGGCCUCCGGAGACCGAGCGCCGUCGGGAGAAUAAAACAGUACUGUAUUUAUUUACUACAACUAGACAUCUAACAUAGGAACACAUGAAUCUAACGUAUGCAUCUGAAGAGAUAUAGGACUGAUGUUAUUGUUCUCGUCUGCAGGGUUCUGCGUCGCUGCAGAUCCAGUAUUUAAACCUCAAGUAGCCUCUGACAUCAGGUGGAGGGAAUCAAACCCACGUCGCUCUGCAGAGACUUCCAGGCAAAUCUCAUGUUUUUAUGCGGAUAAAAAGAAAAGUCUGUCAGGAGCUUGAUCUUAUUCAGAAAAUUCACUUUGUGCAGACUUCCUGUAAUCCAGUAUUUUAACCUUUCAGGUGCAAAAAAAUAUUGAUUUGGUUCGUCUCUUAACUCUGAAGUUUGUCACAAAGGUGAACUAGUUUUGGGAAUGAAAUCAAGCUUUAGUCCCGAUGGAAAAGAAGAAAAGACUGAAAUAUUUCUGGGAUUUGAUGAUAAGAAGACGUAUCGAUUCGUCCUUAUUAUAUAUAAAUAUUUUUACCUGAAGUGUGAGAGAAAACCCAGAAAACUAAUUAAGUUUUUUUUGUUUCUCACCUGUUGAAAAAUAUGAACAAAAACAAAACAGAUCCUGCCUUUAAACUGUUUUAUUUCUUAUUUUUAAAGCUGCACAAGGCGUUGAAUUUUUCUUUAUUGCUUAUUUUAUUUUCUAAUCUGGCACUUCAAAGUACUUUGUGCCUCUUAAAAUACAUUUAUACAAAAAACAGACUCAGCUCUUUUACAACAAAGUCUACAAAGUAAAAAUAGUAAAAUUCAUGUGUUCACUAAAAGUACACUAAAUAAUAAUAAGUACUCAUUAUGCAAAUUACCCCCUACUCCAAUAUUAUAAUUAUAAAUGCAUUGAUGUUAUAAUAUUAUUUAAGUAUAUAAUAAUACAUAAUUAUUCACUUAAUUUCAUACAUUUUAAUAUAUUGUCUGAAGCAAUUAAAGCUUUUAGAUAAAUAUAGUGGAGUAAAAUGUGGUAUAAAGUAGUGGAAAUACUACAAUGUGUCCAAUACUUGGUUACUUUCCCCUCUUAGAAUCUAAUCAGGCGAUCAAACAAUAUUUUGGUGUAUUUUUAGGAUCCUUGUGCAGCUUUAAUACGCGUCGUUAAAUGUAAAUUAAACACUUUGAUUCCAAAAAAGCAGCUUUAACUCGAGGAGACGGAUCAUUUUGCACAACAAACAUGCGAGGAACACAUUUCUUUGAGGGAUUUUUUAAUUUCUUUGGUCCGGCAGAAUCCUGGUUUCACCUGUAAAAACUGGUUUCCUGCUGAACUUCCUGCUUCCAUAAAACAAACCGCCGGUCUGAGGAGACUCGAACCCGCGGACCUGAACCUCCAUCUGAACGAGCCGACUGAGGGUCCCUGAACGCAGCAGACGGGCGGCUGAACUGUAAAUAUAUAUUCAUGUACGAGCAACUCAGGUUUCUAUGAAUCAAGACAAUGCAUUUUUUAAAAUAUAUAUAUAUAUAUGUAUGUAUGUAUGUGUGUGUGUGUAUGUGUCCAGGAGGAGAGAGGUGUACAUAGAAUAAAAGAUAAAGCACACAGGUGUGAGGAGGGAGAGGAGGACACGAGGAGGAAGAGGAGGAAGAGGAGGCGUUUAUCAGACACACAGAGGAGUUAGGCUUCAUGAUCACCCGCCAGAAAAACCCUUUAAACUCAACGUGUAGCAGAAAGAAAGAUUUCAAAACAUCAAAAGGCUUCAGAACUACAUUAAAGUGUGUUAAAAAGAAAUGAAAGGGUCAGUUCACCAAUAUUCUACCUCUUUAACAGGAAACCUCCACUGAUUCAUUAAUGCAGUAAAGGCAUUCUGACUUUUAGUCUAAAAACUGGACACUACGUUCCCCAUAAUGCAACAGUGUCUUUUCAUUAAACCCUCUCUGACUGCUUAAUGUCUUCCUGCACUCCUUCAGUUUGUAACGCAGACUUUCCGUUAAAAAUGUGGAUUAUAAAAAAUGUUUCCACAUGUUUAGAAUUUAAAUCCUGGUCUUUUUCAGUCAGAGAGAUUUGGUUUUAUUCAUAUGUGAUUUUAUUAUUUUAUUUCUGUCUGCAAGUUAGACAAAGUUUCAUGUGUUUUGUUUGAUCCAAAAAUUGGGAAAUUUGUCUCCAGGUGAGCACACAGUUGAGUUUAUUAUUGUACCAAAACAGUUCUUUCCUCAGAAAUGAUGAUGAAAUGAAUUAUUUUACGAGUCUUUAAAGUCUCUAAGAUAUCCUUCUUGCCUCAUUUAGCGAUAAAUACUGAAUUAAUCCCAAGUAAUUUCUACAAAGUUUCCUGGAAAUAAAUAAAUAUCCUUGAAAACAAAAGCUCUGUUUAAAAGCAACUAAAUUUUAAUUUAUUUUUCUAAAUUUCCCAACAAUUGAAACCUAAAAAAACAACUGUCUUCCUUUAUGGGAAAUCUUACAGAAAUUAUUAGAAAAUUAAUGAUUUACGUGCAAAAUAAAGCUUAGUUUUCCUGGAAAUAAAGACAUAAUUUGGUAUUAAAUAAAUAUCCUAGAAAGCAAAAGUUCUGUUUAAAAGAAAGGUAAUAUUAAUUAAUUAUUGCUUUAUUAUUCAACAUUUUCCCAACAACUGAAACCAAAAAAACAAAUGUCUUUCUUUAUGGAAAACUUUACAGAAAUUAUUAGAAAAUGAUUUACCUGCAAAACAAAGCUUAGUUAUUGUUGAACUGGCCCUUUAAUUACAACCAGAACAAACCUCUCCCUGCUCCUCGCCUCCUCUCACCUGUUUCUAACUGAGCAGAUUAAAGACAAUCAGAGGCUGAAAACAGAAGCAGAAACUCUCCCUUCCUCCUGUGAUCCAUCAACGCUUCCUCCCCUCGUCUUCUGAAUGUCCGUCAACAUAAAAGGGAUUCAACUUUUACUGCUCGGAGAUUUUCUUUUGUUUUAUAUAUGAUAUGAAAUAAAUAUAUAAAUGUUGUUUGCCUCAUCUAUCGAUGUACAGCUCUGGGAUAAAGGAAUGUAAAAGGAUUUUUUUGUUUUUCUGUAAUUAUGAACUGGGGAAUAGCUUUCUUCUUCUUCUUCUCUCUCUCCAUCUUCUUCUUCUUCUUUUAUCCUGUCAGCGUUCGGCCCUGCUGCUACGCCAGCUCUCUGUUUUUGUACCUGCCGUGAGAGUUGGACUUUCUAUUAAAACAAUAAAAAUGAUAAUCAGCU